GUUCCUACCUCUUCGUUUUCUUCCACAUUCGCUUUAGUGAUUGUCCACUCUCCUCACAGAGCUUCUCUAAUCAGAAUAUCAUCCCUCGUCUUUCAAGGAAGAAGCUUUGAAGCCCUCCAAGAUGGUGAUCGCAUCCACAGUCAGGGAGCCAGAAACCAGAGAGCACGUGAACUGCACUUUUGCCUCCAGAUAUGUGCGCGACCCAAUUCCCAAGUUUAAGAUGCCGGAGAAGUCGAUACCGAAGGAUGCAGCCUAUCAGAUUAUAACGGACGAGUUGAUGCUGGACGGAGCACCCAGGCUCAACUUGGCUUCUUUUGUCACCACUUGGAUGGAGCCUGAGGUCGACAAGCUAAUCAUGUCCUCCCUUAACAAGAACUACGUUGACAUGGAUGAGUACCCUGUUACCACUGAGCUCCAGAAUCGAUGUGUGAAUAUGAUAGCUCAUCUAUUCAAUGCUCCUAUUGAAGAAAAUGAGGCUGCAGUGGGUGUGGGAACUGUGGGUUCAUCAGAAGCAAUCAUGCUGGCUGGUCUUGCCUUUAAAAGAAAAUGGCAGAUAAAGAGAAAAUCAGAAGGCAAACCAUGUGAUAAACCCAACAUAGUUACUGGAGCAAAUGUUCAGGUUUGUUGGGAAAAAUUUGCAAGGUACUUUGAGGUGGAGCUGAAGGAGGUGAAGCUAAGUGAGGGAUGUUAUGUGAUGGACCCAAAGAAAGCAGUGGAAUUAGUGGAUGAGAACACUAUUUGUGUUGCAGCAAUAUUGGGUUCAACUCUGACAGGAGAGUUUGAGGAUGUAAAGCUGUUAAAUGAGCUUCUUACAGAGAAGAACAAGGAGACAGGAUGGGACACUCCAAUUCAUGUGGAUGCUGCAAGUGGAGGCUUUAUUGCUCCAUUCUUGUUCCCUGAUCUUAAGUGGGAUUUUCGUUUGCCGUUGGUUAAGAGUAUUAACGUUAGUGGUCAUAAGUAUGGUCUUGUGUAUCCUGGUGUUGGUUGGGUUGUCUGGAGGAAUAAGGAUGACUUGCCUGAUGAUCUAGUCUUCCAUAUCAACUAUCUUGGCUCUGAUCAGCCCACUUUCACCCUCAACUUCUCCAAAGGCUCUAGUCAAAUAAUUGCUCAAUAUUAUCAGUUCAUUCGUCUUGGCUUGGAGGGUUACAAAAACAUCAUGGAGAACUGCAUGGAGAGUGCGAGAGUACUGAAGGAAGGAAUAGAGAGAACAGGUAGGUUCAACAUUCUGUCCAAGGACAUGGGAGUGCCAGUGGUAGCCAUAUCUCUGAAAGACAGCAGCCAGCACACAGUUUUUGAGAUAUCAGACCAUCUCCGGCGGUACGGGUGGAUUGUUCCGGCCUAUUCAAUGCCGCCAGACGUGCAGCACGUGGCGGUGCUGCGGGUGGUCAUCCGGGAGGACUUCAGCCGGGGCCUGGCAGAGAGACUUGUGUCUGACAUUGAUAAGGUUCUAAAGCUCUUGGACACACUCCCUAGUCCUUUGUCCCUUAAAGCCGCUCAUGUCAGUACCGUAGCUAAUGAGACUGGUCAUCACAAGAAGAGUGGAAUGGAGAUUCAAGCAGAGGUUGUGGCAUCGUGGAAGAGACUUGUGGAAGGCAAAAGAACUGGGGCCUGCUAGGCUUCUCAAUCUUCUUGCCUUUUUCUGCUGAUUUGCUAUCUAAGAAUAAGUGUGUUUGUUGAUUGUAUUGUAUUAUGUGUGUUAUGUUUUUGUAAGAGAGGCUGUUGUCACAGCAUUAUCUUUCUUUCUUUGGUUUUUUUUUUUUUUUUAAGAGUGAUCUGAGAUGUAUUUUGCAGUAGUUGAGCUUGGAUUGUGUAUUUCCUUGUAUGUGUAUUUGUUUGAAAGAUCUAUUUAUCUACAUAUUUGAUAAAAUUUUAGCAACUGGUGCUAUUUAUACGUUGAUAACUGAAUGUGAUCCUU